AUGUCCCGUGUUGCUGGCAUCGUGUGCGCUGUCUCCCUGGCCCUCUACGGUGCCAGCUGCUUCAUCGUGCCUACCACUCUGCCCAAGGGCGCACCUCAGACCGAGUCGGGUGCUGUGGUGGGACAGCCAAGCGCCAUCGACGGCACCCCCGAGUCAGCUUCCUGGAGCCCGCUUGCUGUCGGUGCAGCCCUGGGUCUCUUGAUCGCCGUGGCCACUGGCCGACCUGCUCUCGCCGCGGACCUGGAGAACGGUGAGGCCAUCUUCAACGGCAACUGCACUGCCUGCCACGCCGGCGGAAAUAACUCCAUUGUGGCCGAAAAGAAGCUCAAGAAGGAAGCUCUUGUCCAGUACGGCAAGUACGACGUCCAGGCCAUCAUCACCCAGGUGACCAACGGCAACGGUGCCAUGCCUGCUUUCGGCGAGAAGCUGGGACCCGAUGACAUUGAGGAUGUGGCCAACUACGUCUACAGCAAGGCUGACAAGUGGAUGCUUGCGACAGCAUGUUCUUGGGCAGGCGUUUGGCUGUUGCUAGGGACGAGUUGUAGCCUGAAUCUCAGCACAAAGACCAUGUCCCGCGUUGCUGGCAUCGUGUGCGCUGUUUCCUUGGCCCUCUACAGUGCCAGCUGCUUCAUCGUGCCUACCACUCUGCCCAAGGGCGCACCUCAGACCGAGUCGGGUGCUGUGGUGGGACAGCCAAGCGCCAUCGACGGCACCCCCGAGUCAGCUUCCUGGAGCCCACUUGCUGUCGGUGCAGCCCUGGGUCUCUUGAUGGCCGUGGCCACUGGCCGACCUGCUCUCGCCGCGGACCUGGAGAACGGUGAGGCCAUCUUCAACGGCAACUGCACUGCCUGCCACGCCGGCGGAAAUAACUCCAUUGUGGCCGAAAAGAAGCUCAAGAAGGAAGCUCUGGUCCAGUACGGCAAGUACGACGUCCAGGCCAUCAUCACCCAGGUGACCAACGGCAACGGUGCCAUGCCUGCUUUCGGCGAGAAGCUGGGACCCGAUGACAUCGAGGACGUGGCCAACUACGUCUACAACAAGGCUGACAAGUGGUGA